AUGAGAGAGUUUUUUGCGUAUCGUGUACAAGAUCGUAGUAACCAGUUUUCAUUGAUUCUAAAUUCCCGACGGUUAUUCCAACAGUUUUUGGUUGAUGCUUAUACGAUGAUUGAGAGCGAGCGACUUAACUUUAUAAGAUUUCAGCAACAAGAUCUCAGGUCUGAUACAAAUGAGAAUAUCCGGAAACUAAGAUAUAACGGCCAACAAGAUUUGUCUAAGGUUGGAAAACGUAUUUUCCUUCCAUCUUCCUUUACAGGCGGGUCACGAUAUAUGAUGCAAAACUAUCUUGACGCAAUGGCAAUUUGUAAAUGGUAUGGUUAUCCAGACUUUUUUAUAACCAUUACCUGCAAUCCCAAAUGGCCGGAGGUUCAAAGGUUUCUUAAGGACACAAAUCUUAAUCCGGAGGAUAGGCCUGAUAUUUUAUCUCGAAUUUUUAAAAUAAAGCUGGAUUCAAUUUGUAAAGAUUUGAAAGACCGUGAUUUGUUUGGAAAAGCUUCUACUGUUGUUUACACUAUUGAGUUUCAGAAGCGAGGAUUGCCUCAUGCGCAUAUGUGCUUAUUCAUGGAGAAUGAUUACAAACUUCCAACUGUAGACCAUGUUGAUCAGUUUAUUUCUGCAGAAAUCCCUGAUUUAAACCAAGACCCGGAACUAUAUACGCUUGUGAAUGACCAUAUGAUUCACGGUCCAUGUGGUAAUGCUAGAAUGAGCUCUCCAUGUAUGGUUGAUAGAAAAUGUUCAAAAGGUUUUCCCAAGAAAUUUCAAGAUCACUCAACCUUGGAUUCUAACGGAUUUCCCUUAUACAGAAGAAGAGAUGACGGUUCCUUCGUUUUAAAAAAUAAAAUUCAGUUAGACAACAGAAGUGUUGUACCUUAUAACAAAAAGCUUUUGAAAAGAUAUCAGGCGCAUAUAAACGUUGAAUGGUGCAACCAAGCGGCGUCAAUAAAGUAUUUGUUCAAGUAUAUUAAUAAAGGUCCUGAUAGAGCAACAGUUGCUGUGGUUCCGAGCAAUAAUGAAAACGAGCAAGCAGAAAAUGAUGAAAUUAAAGAGUAUUAUGACUGUAGGUAUAUAUCUGCGUGUGAAGCCUCUUGGAGGAUUUUUUCUAAUGAAGUUAAUUAUAGGAGUCCUUCUGUUAUGCGUCUUCCUUUCCAUCUUCCUGGACAACAAACAGUUUGUUUCGGUCCUGAUGAAGAUAUUAAUCAAGUGCUAAACAAACCAUCUGUGAACUCAUCAAUGUUUUUAUCUUGGAUGCAACGUAAUCAAGAUCCUAACGACCAUGUUGCACGUACACUAACAUAUGUACAGUUUCCGCGUUUUUAUGUGUGGAAGCUUGACAAGCGUAUAUGGGUUCCGAGAAUAAAAGGAAAAACAAUUGGAAGAAUUCAUUCCGUUUCUCCUUCUACUGGUGAAGCGUACUAUUUAAGAAUUCUUCUUAACAAAGUUAAAGGACCAACAUCGUUUGAUGAUAUUAAAACAGUUAAUGGUCGAGUGUACGAUACUUUUAGAGAUGCUUGCUAUGCGCUUGGUUUGUUGGAUGACGACUCGGAGUACAUUGAGGCCAUCAAAGAAGCAAAUAUAUCAGGUAGUGCAGCUUAUAUUCGCAAUUUAUUCGCCACCAUGUUACUGUCAAGCACAUUAUCUAGACCUGAAGUUGUAUGGGAAAGCACAUGGAAGUAUAUGACAGAUGAUUUUCUCAAUGGUCUCAAAGUGUCUGGUUUACCAAAUCAUAGGUUAGUGCUUAAAGUUGGUGUUCCAGUAAUGUUGUUGCGAAAUAUUGACCAACGAAAUGGUUUGUGUAACGGUACAAGGUUAAAGGUCACAAAACUUUACAGCCGUGUUAUUGAAGCUGAGAUAAUUUCUGGUGGUAAUAUUGGUUCUCGGACAUUCAUACCUAGAAUGAAUUUGGUACCUUCGGACCGAAAGAUUCCUUUUGCAUUCCAAAGGAGGCAAUUUCCAAUAACUGUAUGUUUUGCAAUGACGAUUAACAAAAGCCAGGGACAGUCGCUAUCUAAGGUUGGGUUGUACCUAAGACAACCAGUUUUCACACAUGGUCAAUUGUACGUAGCUUUAUCCAGGGUUACAAGACGAGAUGGAAUCAAGUUACUAAUACUUGACAAUGAUGGCAGGCCUACAAAUAAAACAACCAAUGUUGUAUAUAAAGAGAUAUUCAAUGGAUUGUGA